AGCUUGGGAGAGAUGCGGAGCCGGUCUGCCAGCGCCCUCCUCCCAACGCCGCUGCCGCCGCCGCCACUGCUGCUGUUGCUGCUGCUGCUGCCGUCGCCGACCCUGCUGGGAGACCAAGUGGGGCCCUGUCGUUCCCUGGGGUCGGGGGGACGCGGCUCCUCGGGGACCUGCGCCCCCGUGGGCUGGCUCUGCCCAGCCUCCGCCUCGAACCUCUGGCUCUACACCAGCCGCUGCAGGGAUACGGGCACUGAGCUGACCGGCCACCUGGUACCCCAUCACGAUGGCCUGAGGGUCUGGUGUCCAGAAUCAGGGGCUCACAUUCCCCUUCCGCCAGCCCCUGAAGGUUGCCCCUGGAGCUGUCGUCUCCUUGGCAUUGGAGGCCACCUUUCUCCACAGGGCAAACUGACCCUGCCCCAAGAGCACCCAUGCUUAAAGGCUCCUCGUCUGAAAUGCCAAUCCUGCAAGUUGGCACAGGCCCCAGGUCUCAGGGUUGGAGAAGGGUCCGCGGACGAAUCAGUGGGUGGACGCAGGAAAAGGAAUGUGAAUACAGCCCCUCAGUUUCAGCCACCCAGCUAUCAGGCCACAGUGCCCGAGAACCAGCCAGCAGGUACCUCUGUGGCAUCCUUACGGGCCAUCGACCCAGAUGAGGGUGAAGCAGGCCGACUUGAGUACACCAUGGAUGCCCUCUUCGAUAGCCGCUCCAAUCAGUUCUUCUCCUUGGACCCAAUCACUGGUACUGUGACCACAGCGGAGGAACUGGAUCGGGAGACCAAGAGCACCCACGUCUUCAGGGUUACUGCCCAAGAUCAUGGCAUGCCACGACGGAGUGCCCUGGCCACACUCACCAUCCUGGUGACUGACACCAACGAUCACGACCCUGUCUUUGAGCAGCAGGAAUAUAAAGAAAGCCUUAGGGAGAACUUGGAGGUGGGCUAUGAAGUACUUACUGUCAGGGCCACGGAUGGUGAUGCCCCUCCCAAUGCCAACAUUCUUUAUCGCCUGCUGGACGGGUCUGGGGGCAGCCCCUCAGAAGUCUUUGAGAUUGACCCUCGAUCUGGGGUGAUCCGAACCCGUGGCCCUGUGGAUCGGGAAGAGGUGGAAUCUUACAAGUUGACGGUGGAGGCAAGUGACCAGGGUCGGGACCCCGGUCCACGGAGUGCCACAGCUGCUGUUUUCCUGUCUGUGGAGGAUGACAAUGACAAUGCUCCCCAGUUUAGUGAGAAGCGUUAUGUGGUCCAGGUGCGGGAGGAUGUGACUCCAGGGUCCCCAGUACUCCGUGUCACAGCUUCAGAUCGAGACAAGGGCAGCAAUGCCCUGGUGCACUACAGCAUCAUGAGUGGUAAUGCAAGAGGACAGUUUUAUCUGGAUGCUCAGACUGGGGCCUUGGAUGUGGUAAGCCCACUUGACUAUGAGACGACCAAAGAGUACACCCUACGAGUCCGGGCACAGGACGGUGGCCGGCCCCCACUCUCCAACGUCUCUGGCCUGGUCACAGUGCAAGUCCUGGAUAUCAAUGAUAAUGCCCCCAUCUUUGUGAGCACUCCUUUCCAGGCCACCGUCCUGGAGAGUGUCCCCUUAGGCUACCUGGUUCUCCACGUGCAGGCAAUUGAUGCGGACGCUGGUGACAAUGCUCGCUUGGAAUACAGCCUGGCUGGGGUUGGCCAUGACUUCCCCUUCACCAUCAACAAUGGCACAGGCUGGAUCUCUGUGGCUGCUGAGCUGGACCGGGAGGAGGUUGAUUUCUAUAGCUUUGGAGUGGAAGCCCGAGACCACGGCGCUCCGGCGCUCACCGCCUCCGCCAGCGUCAGUGUGACCGUCCUGGAUGUCAAUGACAACAACCCGACUUUUACCCAACCGGAGUACACAGUGCGGCUCAACGAGGAUGCAGCCGUGGGCACCAGUGUGGUGACAGUGUCAGCCGUGGAUCGUGAUGCCCACAGCGUCAUCACCUACCAGAUCACCAGCGGCAAUACCCGCAACCGCUUCUCCAUCACCAGCCAGAGCGGUGGCGGCCUGGUCUCCCUUGCCUUGCCCUUGGACUACAAACUCGAGCGGCAGUAUGUGCUGGCUGUGACUGCCUCCGAUGGCACGAGGCAGGACACAGCCCAGGUCGUGGUAAAUGUCACUGACGCCAACACCCACCGCCCCGUCUUCCAGAGCUCCCACUACACGGUCAACGUUAACGAGGAUCGGCCAGCAGGUACCACCGUGGUGUUGAUCAGUGCCACGGACGAGGACACGGGCGAGAAUGCUCGCAUCACCUACUUCAUGGAGGACAGCAUCCCCCAGUUCCGCAUCGACGCAGAUACGGGUGCUGUCACCACGCAGGCUGAGCUGGACUACGAAGACCAGGUGUCUUACACCCUGGCUAUCACUGCUCGGGACAAUGGCAUUCCGCAGAAGUCUGAUACCACCUACCUGGAGAUCCUGGUGAACGACGUGAAUGACAACGCCCCUCAGUUCCUGCGGGAUUCCUACCAGGGGAGUGUCUAUGAGGACGUGCCCCCUUUCACCAGCGUCCUGCAGAUCUCGGCCACCGAUCGGGACUCCGGUCUUAAUGGCAGGGUUUUCUAUACCUUCCAAGGAGGGGAUGAUGGAGACGGGGACUUUAUCGUAGAGUCCACCUCGGGCAUCGUGAGGACACUGAGGAGGCUGGAUCGGGAGAACGUGGCCCAGUACGUCUUGCGAGCAUACGCAGUGGAUAAGGGGAUGCCUCCAGCCCGCACACCCAUGGAAGUGACAGUCACCGUGUUGGAUGUGAAUGACAACCCACCUGUCUUCGAGCAGGAUGAGUUUGAUGUGUUUGUGGAAGAGAAUAGCCCCAUUGGGUUAGCCGUGGCUCGGGUCACAGCCACUGACCCGGAUGAAGGAACAAACGCCCAGAUCAUGUACCAGAUUGUGGAGGGCAACAUCCCUGAGGUCUUCCAACUGGACAUCUUCUCUGGGGAGCUGACUGCCCUGGUGGACUUGGACUAUGAGGACCGGCCUGAGUAUAUCCUGGUCAUCCAGGCCACGUCAGCUCCCCUGGUCAGCAGGGCUACCGUCCACGUCCGCCUCCUUGACCGCAAUGACAACCCACCAGUGCUGGGCAACUUUGAGAUCCUUUUCAACAAUUACGUCACCAAUCGCUCAAGCAGCUUCCCCGGGGGUGCCAUUGGCCGGGUGCCUGCCCAUGACCCCGACAUCUCAGACAGCCUGACGUACAGCUUUGAGCGGGGAAAUGAACUCAGUCUGGUGCUGCUCAAUGCCUCCACGGGAGAGUUGAGACUGAGCCGAGCUCUAGACAACAACCGGCCUCUGGAGGCCAUCAUGAGCGUGUUGGUGUCAGACGGCGUGCACAGCGUGACGGCGCAGUGCGCGCUGCGGGUCACCAUCAUCACCGAUGAGAUGCUCACGCACAGCAUCACGCUGCGCCUGGAGGACAUGUCCCCGGAGCGCUUCCUGUCGCCGCUGCUGGGACUCUUCAUCCAGGCGGUGGCCGCCACGCUGGCCACGCCGCCCGACCACGUGGUGGUGUUCAACGUGCAGCGGGACACGGACGCGCCGGGCGGCCACAUCCUCAACGUGAGCCUGUCGGUGGGCCGGCCGCCGGGGCCCGGGGGCGGGCCCCCCUUCCUGCCCUCCGAGGACCUGCAGGAGCGCCUGUACCUCAACCGCAGCCUGCUGACGGCCAUCUCGGCGCAGCGCGUGCUGCCCUUCGACGACAACAUCUGCCUGCGCGAGCCGUGCGAGAACUACAUGCGCUGCGUGUCGGUGCUGCGCUUCGACUCGUCCGCGCCCUUCAUCGCCUCCUCCUCCGUGCUCUUCCGGCCCAUCCACCCGGUGGGCGGCCUGCGCUGCCGCUGCCCGCCCGGCUUCACCGGGGACUACUGCGAGACCGAGGUGGACCUCUGCUACUCGCGGCCCUGCGGACCCCACGGGCGAUGCCGGAGCCGGGAGGGGGGCUACACCUGCCUCUGCCGCGACGGCUACACCGGUGAGCACUGUGAAGUCAGUGCCCGCUCAGGCCGAUGCACCCCAGGCGUCUGCAAGAACGGGGGCACCUGCGUCAACUUGCUAGUGGGCGGUUUCAAGUGUGACUGCCCGUCUGGGGACUUUGAGAAGCCCUACUGCCAGGUGACCACACGCAGCUUCCCUGCCCGCUCCUUCAUCACCUUCCGUGGUCUGCGCCAGCGCUUCCACUUUACCUUGGCCCUCUCGUUUGCCACCAAGGAGCGCAAUGGGCUGCUGCUGUACAAUGGGCGCUUCAAUGAGAAGCAUGACUUUGUGGCCCUUGAGGUGAUCCAGGAACAGGUCCAGCUUACCUUCUCCGCAGGGGAGUCAACCACCACUGUGUCUCCAUUCGUGCCUGGAGGGGUCAGUGAUGGCCAGUGGCACACAGUGCAGCUGAAAUACUACAAUAAGCCGCUGUUGGGUCAGACAGGGCUCCCGCAGGGCCCAUCCGAGCAAAAGGUGGCCGUGGUGACCGUGGAUGGGUGUGACACCGGAGUGGCUCUGCGCUUCGCAGCCGUGCUGGGCAACUACUCUUGUGCCGCCCAGGGCACCCAAGGUGGCAGCAAGAAGUCUCUAGACCUGACAGGGCCCCUGCUUCUGGGUGGGGUGCCUGACCUACCAGAGAGCUUUCCUGUCCGGAUGCGGCACUUUGUGGGCUGCAUGAGAAACCUGCAGGUGGACAGCCGACACGUGGACAUGGCCGACUUCAUCGCCAACAAUGGCACUGUGCCUGGUUGUCCCACCAAGAAGAACGUGUGUAACAGCAACACGUGCCACAACGGCGGUACCUGCGUGAACCAGUGGGACGCAUUUAGCUGCGAGUGCCCACUGGGCUUUGGGGGCAAGAGCUGUGCCCAGGAAAUGGCCAACCCUCAGCGCUUCCUGGGCAGCAGCCUUGUGGCCUGGCAUGGCCUCUCGCUGCCGAUCUCUCAGCCCUGGCACCUCAGCCUCAUGUUCCGCACACGCCAGGCAGACGGCGUCCUGUUUCAGGCUGUCACCAGGGGGCGCAGCACCAUCACCCUGCAGCUCCGGGGGGGCCACGUGGUGCUAAGUGUGGAGGGUACAGGGCUCCAGGCUUCGUCUUUGCGUCUGGAGCCAGGACGAGCCAACGAUGGUGACUGGCACCAUGCCCAAUUGUCACUGGGAGCCAGUGGGGGCCCUGGCCACGCCAUCCUCUCUUUCGACUAUGGGCAGCAGAGGGCAGAGGGUAACCUGGGUCCCCGGCUGCAUGGACUGCACCUGAGCAACAUUACAGUGGGUGGAGUACCUGGACCAGCCGGUGGUGUGGCCCGAGGCUUCCGAGGCUGCUUGCAGGGCGUGCGGGUAAGCGAGACACCCGAGGGCGUUAGCAGUCUGGAUCCCAGCCGUGGGGAGAGCAUCGGUGUGGAAGCAGGCUGUAGCUGGCCGGACCCCUGUGACUCAAGCCCGUGCCCCGCCAACAGCUACUGCAGCAACGACUGGGACAGCUAUUCUUGCAGCUGUGACCCAGGUUACUAUGGUGACAACUGCACUAACGUAUGUGACCUGAACCCCUGUGAGCACCAGUCUGCGUGUACCCGAAAGCCCAGUGCUCCCCACGGCUACCUCUGCGAGUGUCCCCCAAAUUACCUCGGGCCGUACUGUGAGACCAGAAUUGACCAGCCUUGCCCCCGUGGCUGGUGGGGGCACCCCACGUGUGGCCCGUGCAACUGUGACGCCAGCAGAGGCUUUGACCCAGAUUGUAACAAGACAAGCGGCGAGUGCCACUGCAAGGAGAACCAUUACCGGCCCCCGGGCAGUCCCACCUGCCUCCUGUGUGACUGCUAUCCUACAGGCUCUUUGUCCCGAGUCUGUGACCCUGAGGAUGGCCAGUGUCCAUGCAAGCCUGGUGUCAUCGGGCGCCAGUGUGAUCGCUGUGACAACCCUUUUGCUGAGGUCACCACCAAUGGCUGUGAAGUGAAUUAUGACAGCUGCCCGCGGGCCAUUGAGGCCGGGAUCUGGUGGCCCCGCACACGCUUCGGGCUGCCUGCUGCUGCGCCCUGCCCCAAAGGCUCCUUCGGGACUGCUGUGCGCCACUGUGAUGAGCACAGAGGGUGGCUCCCCCCAAGCCUCUUCAACUGCACGUCGGUCACCUUCUCAGAGCUGAAAGGCUUCGCCGAGCGGCUACAGCGGAAUGAAUCGGGCCUGGACUCGGGACGCUCCCAGCGGCUGGCCCUGCUCCUGCGCAAUGCCACGCAGCACACAGCUGGCUACUUCGGCAGCGAUGUCAAGGUGGCCUACCAGCUGGCCACACGGCUGCUGGCCCACGAGAGUGCGCAGCGGGGCUUCGGGCUGUCUGCCACGCAGGACGUGCACUUCACCGAGAAUCUACUUCGGGUGGGCAGCGCCCUCCUGGAUGCAGCCAACAAGAGGCACUGGGAGCUGAUCCAACAGACAGAGGGUGGCACGGCCUGGCUGCUCCAGCACUAUGAGGCCUACGCUAGCGCCCUUGCCCAGAACAUGCGGCACACCUACCUAAGCCCCUUUACCAUCAUCACACCCAACAUCGUCAUCUCUGUAGUGCGCCUGGACAAGGGCAACUUUGCUGGGGCCAAGCUGCCCCGUUAUGAGGCGCUGCGCGGGGAGCGGCCCCCAGACCUCGAGACAACCGUCAUUCUGCCCGAGUCUGUCUUCAGAGAGAUCCCCCCCAUGGUGAGGCCCGCGGGCCCUGGGGACGCCCAAGAGCCCGAGGAGUCGGCGCGGCGGCAGAGGCGGCACCCAGAGCUGAGCCAGGGAGAGGCCGUGGCCAGCGUCAUCAUCUACCGCACCCUGGCCGGUCUGCUGCCCCACAACUAUGACCCGGACAAGCGCAGCCUCAGAGUCCCCAAGAGACCUGUCAUCAACACGCCUGUGGUGAGCAUCAGCGUCCACGAUGACGAGGAACUCCUGCCCCGUGCCUUGGACAAGCCGGUCACGGUCCAGUUCCGGUUGCUGGAGACUGAAGAGAGGACCAAGCCCAUCUGCGUCUUCUGGAACCAUUCUAUUCUGGUCAGCGGCACCGGUGGCUGGUCAGCCCGAGGCUGUGAGGUCGUCUUCCGAAACGAGAGCCACGUCAGCUGCCAGUGCAACCACAUGACAAGCUUCGCUGUGCUCAUGGACGUGUCUCGGCGGGAGAACGGUGAGAUCCUGCCACUGCGGACCCUGACAUAUGUGGCCCUUGGAGUCACCCUGGCUGCUCUGCUGGUUACCUUCCUCUUCCUCACUCUCCUCCGUGCCCUGCGCUCCAACCAACAUGGCAUCCGACGCAACCUCACAGCUGCCCUAGGCCUGGCCCAGCUUGUCUUCCUCCUGGGGAUCAACCAGGCUGACCUCCCUUUUGCUUGCACAGUGAUUGCCAUCCUGCUGCAUUUCCUCUACCUCUGCACCUUCUCCUGGGCUCUGCUGGAGGCCCUGCACCUGUACCGGGCGCUUACGGAGGUGCGCGACGUCAACGCCGGCCCCAUGCGCUUCUACUACAUGCUGGGCUGGGGCGUGCCUGCCUUCAUCACAGGUCUAGCUGUGGGCUUGGACCCCGAGGGCUACGGGAACCCCGACUUCUGCUGGCUCUCCAUCUACGAUACACUCAUUUGGAGUUUUGCUGGCCCAGUGGCCUUCGCCGUCUCGAUGAGUGUCUUCCUGUACAUCCUGGCAGCCCGGGCCUCCUGUGCUGCCCAGCGGCAGGGCUUCGAGAAGAAAGGCCCUGUCUCGGGCCUGCGCCCCUCCUUCGCUGUCCUGCUGCUGCUGAGUGCCACAUGGCUACUGGCGCUGCUGUCUGUCAACAGCGACACCCUCCUCUUCCACUACCUCUUCGCUGCCUGCAAUUGUGUCCAGGGCCCCUUCAUCUUCCUUUCGUACGUGGUGCUCAGCAAGGAGGUCCGGAAAGCACUCAAGUUUGCCUGCAGCCGAAAGCCCAGUCCCGACCCUGCUCUGACCACCAAGUCCACUCUGACCUCGUCGUACAACUGCCCCAGCCCCUAUGCAGAUGGGCGUCUGUACCAGCCCUAUGGAGACUCAGCCGGUUCGCUGCAUAGUGCCAGCCGCUCAGGCAAGAGCCAGCCCAGCUACAUCCCCUUCUUGCUGAGGGAGGAGUCAACACUGAACCCUGGCCAGGGCCCCCCCGGCCUGGGGGACCCAGGUGGCCUGUUCUUGGAAGGUCAAGACCAACAGCACGAUCCCGACACGGACUCUGACAGUGACCUGUCCCUGGAAGAUGACCAGAGUGGUUCCUAUGCCUCUACCCACUCAUCCGACAGCGAGGAGGAGGAAGAGGAGGAAGAGGCCGCCUUCCCUGGCGAGCAGGGCUGGGACAGCCUGCUGGGUCCUGGAGCUGAGAGAGUGCCCCUGCACAGCACCCCCAAGGAUGGGGGUCCAGGGCCUGGGAAGGUCCCCUGGCCAGGAGACUUUGGGACCACCGUAAAGGAGAGUGGUGGCAGUGGGGCCCUUGAAGAGCGGCCGCGGGAGAAUGGAGACGCUCUGUCUCGGGAGGGGUGUCUGGGCCCCCUUCCGGGCCCUUCUGCCCAGCCCCACAAAGGCAUCCUCAAGAAGAAGUGUCUGCCCACCAUCAGCGAGAAGAGCAGCCUCCUGCGGCUGCCCCUGGAGCAGGGCACAGGGUCUUCCCGGGCCUCCUCCGCCAGCGAGGGCAGCCGAGGUGGGCCCCCUCCCCGCCCACCACCGCGCCAGAGUCUCCAGGAGCAGCUGAACGGGGUCAUGCCCAUUGCCAUGAGUAUCAAGGCAGGCACUGUGGACGAGGACUCAUCAGGCUCCGAAUUUCUCUUCUUUAACUUCCUGCAUUAACCCCGGGCCGGUGGUGGUUCCGAGACUCCCCUCCCUUCCCCAGCUGCGCUCACGCCCCACUCCCGUCUUGUGCUUUAUCCUGCCCCUGCUCCCCAUCGCCUGCCCACAGCGAGGAAACUUCCAUCUGAAGAGCCUGGGCCUUGCACCUAAGGCCGCCUAGUGCCAAGCCCCUCCCCCAACUGCCCCCUCACUGCACUUUGGACCCCUGGGGCCAACAUCUCCAAGACAAAGUUUUUCAGAAAACGAGGAAAAAAAAAAAAAAAGAAUUUAAAAAAGGAUCUCCACUCUUCAUGACUUCAGGGAUUAAUUUUUUUUUUAAUGUAUCCACUGGAAACUGACUCCCCUUUCCCUUCCCAAAGAGGAUAGGACCUCCCAGGAUGCUUCCCAGCCUCUCCUCAGUUUCCCAUCUGCUGUGCCUCUGGGAGGAGAGGGACUCUUAAGGGGCCUGCCCCUCACUUACCAUCACCAAAAGGAAAGGACAAAGCCACACGCACCGGGGGGCACGGGCCCCUGCAAGGCUGCACCUGGCGGGCAGGCCUCAGUUGGUGAGGGGUCAGGCAAGGCGCGCUCCUCACCCGCCAAUGCCACCUCUCCCAGGAACUGGAAAGCCCUGUCUGGCCAGGGGCAGAAGGACUCAACGCCCCUGGACCCCCAAAUGCUGCAUGAACCAUAUUAAGGGGAAGCCUGUGCCCCCAUCCAGGCAGAGACGGCCGCCCUAGCCCCUCUCCUUUUCCUGGACUCUGGCCACGUGCCACAGCCCAGGUGUUUGCUCAGUUUGCUGACCCCAAAGUGCUUCAUCUCUCUGCCGGCCCCUCCCGGGGAAGGCCAGUCACGUUCAGUUGCGCUUCUUUGCUGUGGGUGGGUGGGGCCAGGACAAGAGUAAGCACAGAGCUGGCUUGGUGGCCUCGUGGGGCCUCAAGUACAGAUUUCAAGUCUGGGUUCUGGUGUCCACUCACCCACUUCCCCCACCCCAAUCAGACAAAUGCCACUUUGUCUGACCUGCUGUGGCCUCUGAGACAUGUUCUAUUUUUAACCCCUUCCUGGAAUUGGCUCUCUUCUUCAAAGGACCAGGUCCUGUUCCUCCUUGUUCCCCUCCUCCACCCCAGCUCCCUGUGAAGAGAGAGUUAAUAUAUAUUUUUAUUUAUUUGCUUUUUGUGUUGGGAUGGGUUUGUGUCCAGUCCCAAGGGGGGGGGUCUGAUGUGGCCACUGCAGGUUGGGUGUGCACCCAGCAUCCCUGGCUUCGGGGCCUACCAUCCGUCCUUCCUCUCGAUCCACUUCUUUCCUCAGUUUUACCAGCCGCCGUUCAUUUGAGUCACCCUUUACUCUAAGCAUGAAUUCCAGACUCGUCACUGACUUUCCUUUUAGAGCAGGUGGCGAGAAAAGAGGUUACAGGCAGGAAAGCGUUCUUGUCCUUCAGUUGGAAGGCUGGCCUCUGGCACUUCUGCCACGGACUCUCCCCUCUCCCCUCUCCCAGCAGCAAUUCCUGUAAAGGGUUAAAAAUUUAACUGAUUUUUUUUUUUUUUUUUUUUUUUUUUUUACUACUGAUGACUUGACUUAAAAAUACAAAGAUGCUGGAUGCUAACUUGAUACUAACCAUCAGAUUGUACAGUUUGAUUGUUACUGUAAAUAUGAUAGAGUUUUGUUGUUGUUUUUCCAUUCCCCAUCGUACCGAAUAAACUAGUUCUGCGCAGGUA